CAGGUGUGUGAACCUUUUCCUGUUCAAAGCUCAAAGUCCAGGUGAGACAAAGAGAUUCCACUGACGCCACCAAGAGGAAGAGGAAGAAGAAGAAGGAGAAGAAGGAGAAAAGAGUCUGUUUGUCCAGCAGGAUCUCAGAGGACAGACCGAGUCCGGACGGGUCGGCAGAACUUCCUCCAGGACUUAUUCCGGGGUCUGCUUCAUCGAUGGACUGUACCUGAGGACGGUGGGAACAACAGCUCACCGCUGAUCCAGGACGGCCGCCAUCUUGGAGACACGCAGGUUCUGCAGUUAGAACGUCUGUGGUACUGACCCCGCAUGGAACCUGGACCGAGUCGUCUCCCCGUCCAGGUACUGGGUGAAAAUGAGGCGCUGCAGCAGUUCUUCAGCGGUCAGGACGUGGGCCGGGUGUUGGACAGCUGUGUUCCCGUGGACACCAGUAUCCUGGAGCAGUACCUCAGUAACGACAUGGACCCAAACAUCUGCAUGCUCCCUGAGUCUCCGCCGGACUCGAGUUCCGAGGCCUGUUCUCCUGCUCAGUUCCCUGAUCUGAACCGGGAGCAGCCGUACUGGGGACACCAGCGCCCCCUCCAGGAGGAGUUCCAACUGCCCAGUCAGUCUGUGGCUUCAACUUCCUGUUCCUUUAAAGAUUGUAACUUUGACCCAAACCACCGUGACAUGUUGACCUACAACCAGUUACGUCACCUGGGCCUCACCAACACCCACCUCAAACCUGGGACGCCCCCCGUCCUCCCCGUCCUCCCCGUGCCCCCCCGUUUAGGUUAUUUCAGUCAGGAGAGCCGCUCCCAGGUUUACGCUCCACCCACGCCUGCUUCACCUCCACAGGCUGCCUCCGACCACCGUGGACCCUGUGCUGGUCCCAGUAUGGUCCCCGACCUGGACGCACCUGGCGCCCCCUGUCUGUUGGGGCCUAGAAACGUGCUGCACAAUGAUUCCCCCCGGAGUAAAAAAAAACGGAGGAGAUCUGAGUCCGCGGAACCGUCGGCAGGACUGGACGAUGGAGACGUCAGUUUUGUUAGUAGUUCAGGAAACAGUGUCGGUGGGAAUGGCUCAAAUGUCGGUUCCUGCCAACUACUGACCUGGGAACCGUACGGGUCGGACCGCUGGAGCUCCGUGUACGACGGCAGCUGUCAGAGCACGUCGCCUCCUGCGUACCACGUGGACGCCGAUAAAGGCUUCAACUACUCCACGGCCGACGAGGCCGUCAUCUGCCAGAAGAAGAAUCACUUCCAGGUAACCAUUCACAUCGGCGUGGCCGCAGAGCCGCAGUUCAUCAGGACGCCCACGGGGGCGCAGCAGGUCGACCACUUUGAGAUCAAAGUGUUUGGGAUCAAGCUGGAAGCCCCCAGUCAGCAGGUGACCAUCGAGCAGUCGCAGCCCGACCGCAGCAAGAAGCCCUUCCACCCAGUCAGGGUCAGUCUUCCUGCUGGAAAGAUCACCAAGGUUACUCUGGGCCGUUUGCACUUUGGUGAGACCACGGCCAACAACAUGAGGAAAAAAGGCAAACCCAACCCGGACCAGAGGUAUUUCCAGAUGGUUGUCGGUCUUUACGCUGCCGUAGGAGAGGAAACGUUCCUCCUCACGGCUGUGGUGUCGGAGAGAAUCAUCGUCAGGGCGUCUAACCCUGGUCAGUUCGAGAUGGACGGGGACGCCCUGUGGCAGCGUGGGGUGGUGCAGGACUCGGUGGUCUGUCACGGUCGUGUCGGCAUCAACACCGACUCGCCCGACGAGGCCUUGGUCGUGUGCGGUAACGCCAAAGUGAUGGGUAACAUCAUGCAACCGUCCGACUGCCGCGUCAAACAAAACAUACAAGAGGUGGACUCCCAGCAGCAGCUGAAGAGAAUCACUCAGAUGAGGAUCGUCCAGUUCGACUACACCCCAGAGUUUGCCUCCACCAUGGGCAUGGACCACACCCAGCAGACAGGUGUCAUCGCCCAGGAGGUGAAGGAGCUGCUGCCGUCGGCGGUCAAAGACGUCGGUGACGUCACCUGCUCCGACGGAGAGACCAUUCCUAACUUCAUGAUGGUGGACAAGGAGCAGAUCUUCAUGGAGAACAUCGGAGCCGUGCAGCACCUGUCCAAACUCACCGACAACCUGGAGUCUCGGAUCAACGACCUGGAGGUCUGGAACCGACGACUGGCCAAGCUGAAGAGCCUGACGGGAAGCCUGCGUUCCACAGGGAAGACCACCUCCACAAACAGCACCACCGCACCAACACCCAGCAGUGACACCUGGGGGUCAGGGGUCACGGCCAAGGACGACUGGAGACAGAAGUCUCGUCUCUGUGCGAGACGCAGAAUCUUCCACGUGAGCGUCAUCAGCCUGCUGGCCACCGUGGCGCUCUGCACCAUCUGUGUCUCUGCUCUGUACCUGCUCAACCUGAAGGACAAGGAGUCUGGAGCGUCACCAGGAGACAGUAACGACACCACGGGUCCCCUGCAGACCACCCCUGUGGCCGGUACAGUGUCACCCACCUCCCCCCUGGGCCCCUGGCCCCCCGACGUAGACUUCUGUGAGCUGCUGUACUGUGAGACGGUCUACUGCUGCCCUGCAGGGGGCAGCACCGGCCUCACCAGGACCACCACCAGGUCAGGCCCAGAGAAGAACACUGACCUGAAGGUCGAAACAAAUGAACAGUUGUACCAGCAGCUGAAGAGCGCCAGAGACUGGACCAACACCACCAUCCAGUCGUUCACCAUCAAAGAGAACCAGCAUCCUGGUCGAUUUGUCUUCAGAGUUCCCAUCAGCCCCUUCGUCCCAGUCAACAUGAGGCUGACGCUGCUGAUGGAAUCCACGGAGCUCCUGGUGGUCUACCUGUGUGGCUUUGAUGAGUCAGCGUCCUGUUCUGCUCUGCUGGACAGAACCAGCGUCACAGGAAGUAGAUACUCCACCAACACACAGGGGGAGCAUGAGUGGAGCCUUAACGUGGCUCGACAUUAUCAGAGCUCGUACUAUUUUCGCUCCACAGUGGCUGGUCAAGCAGACUGCAGUACCGACCAUCAUUACAAGGGGGUGCUCUUCACUGACUACAUUUUCCAUUUUUACCGACGCUGCAUAAAUUAAAAAAACAGAAAAAUAUUUUUUUCAUUUGACAAAAAAUUUGUUUUUAUUUUUAGGAAAAAUGAAAAAUGUGGAAUUUUUUUCACUUUGCCGGCUGUUGUUGUUGUUGCUGUUGUUGUUGUUGCUGUUGUUGUUGUUGUUGUUGUUGUUGUGUUCUUCCUGCUUAUGCUCCAUGUGGUGACAUCACAGCGUGGAUUACCAAAGUUUAGGUCAAUGAAUCAGAAUCCAGUGACUCAGUAAUCCAGUUCAAUCCAGAUUAAAGCCUGAGUUUAAUCAAUCAAACUUCUCUUGUUUCAUCCUGACGUUCUAGACGGUUCUAGACGGUUCUAGACCGUUCUAGACGGUUCUAGACCGUUCUAGACCGUUCUAGACGGUUCUUCACACACAGGAGCUAAUGCUAAAGUGCUAACAUGUUAAGGUGCUUCACUGUUAGUGGAUGAAUAGUUAACCAGUGAGGAUCGGAUGAGUCACUGAGUGACCGACACCCACUGACGACGACUCACUCAGGUGAGGAGGUGAGGAGGUGAGGAGAACCGAGGAGAACUGAGGAGAACCGAGGAGUAACGCUUCAGUUUUCUGCCUCCCCCCCUGGUCCAGCGUUACCACCAGCAGCAGCUUCCCGUACACACAGAUGGAGGCGGGGCAGGUUUGGAGGAGUUGGAGACGGAGGAAGAGAAGCCUCAGUCUGAUGCAGUAUCUCUGCAAGAACACCAGGGGGCGGUGGAGGACAAUGGCAGUCUCUUGGACGAGCUGGGUCGUAUAGAAGCAGAGCUUCGUCUGGAUGAGGAGCGACAGCAGGAAACCCAGUUCCUCCAACAACAGGAGAACAUGCUGCUCUGGCAGAACCUGUGUUACCUGAGUCUAAACCAGAGAGUGGCCAAGCCGUGGGUCAGCAGCUACUUCCGGAAGUUCCCUAUGCACAUCUACUGUCUGCCCGUCCAGGCACCGGGUGAUCAACGCAGGAGGAGGAAGAGGAAAUGACGUCAACUCAAAUCUUUACCGUGUUUGACUAUGACUGACUUGUUGAACUGUAAAAU